UAUGGUGUAAUUAUUAAUUAAAAACUCUUUAAUUGGCUCUCAGUUUAUGGCCUUCUAAGAUUUUUCCCAAUUUCUUUCAAGCAAUAGCAAUGGCGGACCAGCCUAGCAGAGCUCUGGUGCUGUACGGUGACAGGAUGGCGCGAUUCCUCACUCCAUCUCAUACCCAUCUCCAUUCUCUCGCUUCUCAGGCCUGCUGCGGCUUCUUGUCUCUCCCUCACUCUCCUCCUUCAGAAAAUGAGGAUGGAAGAAUAGUGAGAGAGUUUGCAGAGCUACUUGAUGCGAGUGAAGCUUAUAAUGAAAUGAAUAAACAACAUCUUUCUGAAGCAAAAUCUCAAGAGAAGUUUGUAACACCAACUGUAUCACAGAGGUUUAUGGGGAUGAAAGCUGCUAUUGUCACUGAUAAUUCGAGCUUGAACGGUUUCUGUAGUCACCUUGGCUUCACCGUGUUGCAGCUGGAAGAUUUAGUUCAUAGCAGCUUUGAUGUGGUCAAGUCAUCUCUCUUGGCCUCCGAGUUGCUAAAAUUACUAGGAUUUCAAGAGGGAAAGGUUUUGGAGACAAGCCAGUUUGAUUUAGUAAUUGUUCAUGUUGGUAGUAGCCGAAAGAGUACUCUUGAAGACAUAGAACAUGUCAAUGGUUUGGUCGGUGAGUUAAUAAACACGGCACAACCUGGGACUGGACUUGGUUCUCACCUGCACCUUUCUGUCUUAUUGAGCUUUGGGGCUGUUUUAGAAAAUGAAAAUUCCAAAUUUUCUGUUCCCGACGGUAGACAUGAGAAUAGUCCUGAGCUUUCUAGACUCUUUCCUCGCCAAAGUUACACAUUAAAAGGAGGAAUACCUCGAGAGAAUGUUAGAAAACAUUGCCCAAUGUUAGUUGCUCAAUGGCAAGAUGGUGUAACUCGCAAAGAUAUGGUAGAAUCAUAUUCUUUUGAAGAUUUUAAAGAGCAUGGCGGGAAUCUUGUAAUUCCAACUGACAGGUACUUUCAUGAAUUAGCGUUUAAGCUUUGGAAAGCUCCAAAAUAUGGAGCAUGAAGUAUAUCUACUCGGAAGUCCUAUUUGACUUGGUCAAUAUUUGUGGAUGUGUAACCGGAACUAUAACAUCAGCAUUUGAAUUUGAACCUGAUAUUUUUGCGAGAUAAUAUAUGUUUUGAUUUCUGUUUUA